UACCAUGGUGCGUCUACUAACAUUUUUGUCUGUUGUUUCAGACGGAAGUGGAGGACAUGACGAGCGACGGUGUCUGCGACGGAGGCGGAUCGAACCUCGCUAUCCCCGAGACCACUGGCGGUCUGAUAGGACCCGAGAUGUCCCCCAGCGUGAUGGAGUGUGGUGGUUGCGGAGAACGUGUCCGCGAGAGAACAGUUCUUUGCGUCGGCGGUCGAACUUGGCACUCGAGGUGUCUGAGAUGCUGCGCCUGUGCCAGGCCUCUGCACGAUCAACACUCCUGCUUCCUGAAGGGAAUGCGGCUCUACUGCAGGCACGAUUACGCUCUAACUUUCGGAGCAAAGUGUGCAAAAUGUGGACGCAGCGUGGGUGCUGGGGACUGGGUGAGAAGGGCCAGGGAAAGGGUUUAUCACUUGGCCUGUUUCGCCUGCGACGCUUGCUCUCGUCAGCUCUCCACUGGAGAACAAUUCGCCCUCUUGGACGCCAGGUUGCUUUGCAAAGCUCACUAUCUGGACGUCGUCGAAGGCAACAACACCUCCUCCGAUGAAGGCGGUGACUCGGAGAGCGGUCACAAGAGCGGUAACAAGGCGAAGAGAGUGAGAACCACGUUCACCGAGGAACAGCUCUCCGUUCUUCAAGCCAACUUCCAACUGGAUAGCAACCCCGAUGGCCAAGACCUCGAGAGGAUAGCCCACGUCACGGGCCUCAGCAAAAGAGUUACGCAGGUUUGGUUCCAGAAUUCUAGGGCGAGGCAGAAGAAGCAUCUGCACACGGGCAAAAUGAAAGGGCAACAUGUUCAUCAAUCACCACCGAAUUCUAACGCGUCUACGGGCGAUUUCGGUCGACACAUCAAUUUACAUCUGACCUAUUCGUUUCAACAUCAACAGCACCAUCACCACAGCCAUCAGCAGCCACAGCUUAGCCCGGCUACGUGCAAGAGUCCCACACCUUCGAUUUAUCAUAAUCACGGUCUACUCUCUAUCGCAACACCGUCAACUCUGUCUUCAGGCUCGGAACAAUCGAUGGACGAGCUCUCGCAGGAUUCGAUGAUGUUGUCGAUGCCGAACGAGGUUUAAUCGUCGCUGCUGGAUUAGCCGCAUUGUAAAUAGUCUUUAUCGCGUUAAGGAAUAUGUUUCUCCACCUGAUGAAUCGUUCUCGGUGAAAGCGUCGAUUUCUUUAUUUAAUUUAUGGAGCUCCGCGUUUACGGUUUCGAAGUCUUUCCAUCGCGAGGCACGUUAACGAAACGGUAAUUUUCGCGAGCUACUUUAGUAUGUACUCUGCAACAGUAUUUAUUCGGUUAAUUAAUCCCUUGAAGCGCUUGUUGGAUAAGAGAAACUAAUGGGAAACGGAUUGUAAAUUAAAUUGUACAAAAUUAUUUAACGCGUCUUGUUUGAUACCACAUGUGCAAUAUGAAGGUUGAACCCAGAUAAUUGUUAAAAUAAUCUGAGUUCGAUUCAUCGUGGGUAACAUUCGAAAUAAAAUUAAUAGGACGAAGCACUUACACAGGGUGUUCCUGAAAACGUCCUUAUUUAAGGACCCACGAGAAUUAAAUUAAAAGUGACGAAAGCUGCUGCACUUCAACGGAUUAAUGUUCAACACACGGUAACUCGUAACAGGUGUUUUAUAAAGGUUUCUCCAAAAAAGGACCCUAGAAUUUUGUUUUCUAAUAACAAAAAUAAAAUUCUGAAGCCUAGUUUGGAGAACCCUUUACUUUCUAGUACGUAAGGACGUUGCUAAGGCACACAGAACGUUUUGUAUGAUUUAGAACGAAAUCCGCCCAAACGUUGUUAACCUAUUUAAGAUAUCAGCAAAACCGUAGGGAUGCCAAUUUUUAAGACUGGAUGGCAGCACUCUCUCGCACUCGGUGUCAAGCUUAUUACGAACAGGUGAAUACAAUUUCCAUGUAGUGGAAGCGAGCUUAUCUUUUCCUUCCACCCUGGACGCGAAAGUUGCUCUCAUUUUCAUCCGCGGUAAUUCCCUGACGUAAUCAGGCUAUCAUUUUAAUAAAACGUGUAAGAUCGAGUAAGAUAAGCGCGAACGAGAAUCGUUCGAUGUCUCCGAGACUGCACCGAGGUGAUCUUGGCGAACAUCAAAAAGCAAUGUUCCGAAUGAAAGUAUCUUUUACAGUGUCUAGGUAAUUGUGUAAUCGUAAAAGAAUCAUAAUUUAAUAUACAUGUACUGUGAUGUAAAUAUUGUAAACUACGUAUAUACAAUAUAAAA